UCAGAACCCGCCUUCUCCGACGACGAACCUACUUACCUGGCCCACCACCAAGAACCUGACGGAAUCUCUCCCCAGUCUCACCCAUGUCUUCGUCGUCCCAGAUCCCUACCUCUCUCCUCUCCAAUUACACCAUCUCCGACUUCAUCACCCACUUCUUCCAAGUCUCCGACAACCCAGACCUGACGGAGGAAUGGGUCAGUUUCUUCGGGGUGAAUGCCAAGCUUGUGAUGGGUCAUCAGGUUGCUGAGGGGAGGGAAGAAAUCCGCACCCUAAGAAAAAGCAUGUGGGAAAGAGUCGAGGCGAGGAAGCAUACAGUUGAGAAGGUCUUUUCGGGGGGGUUCUCUCUCCCUUGGCAAUUGGGAGGAGGAGGAGGAGGAGGAGGAAGUGUUGAGAAUUUGGAGUUUAUGGUUUACGGAACGGUGGUCUAUACAAUGAAGGAUACGGGAGAGGAGGAGAGGAUGGAUUGGGCGGCGCAUGCGGAGUUGGUUCUGAAGCAUCCUAGGGAUUGGAUGGAUAGGGAGUGGGAGGUUGACGGUGAUGGUGGUGAAGCGUCGUCCGAGAGGGGAAAUACGUCGGUAUAUGUGUUCAAGGGCUAUAGAGUUUAUCUAUCUCCCAGCGUUGAGUACUCGUCAGGAUAGAAAUGGGGAGGUUCCCAUCGUAUGAUGACGGGAUAGUAAUGAAGGGUUUGAUGGGGGAGUAAGGUCUGCUAAUAGGAUCUG